UGUUCUUUUGGUUUAAUUCAACGUUGACCGUUCAAUAUUCACCACGAAUUGCAAUUUUUUUGAGUUCGCCAAAUUAAGGUCUAAAUUUUGAUUAAAAAAGUUUUGAAUUAUUAUUUAGCAAGUAAAAUACGAGGUUGAAUCAAAUUAUUUGAUUUUAAAAUGUGAAGUGAGGUUUAAAGUUACCAAAAAAAUAUUUUUGUAAAGAAAUAAAAGGUGAGUUUUAAAUUUUGAGUGCAAGAACCUUUUCGAAAGGAAAAACUGACCGAGUUAAGCUCGUCUAGUUACAUCACUGUAAACAUCGGCUGGUGUAAAACAACCUUGACAUUCAUUCAGAGAAAGUUAUAUAAUUUCAAAAUUUGGUAACAUCUUAAAGAGAUUGAAUUUAGAAUAAAAACAAAAUGGAAUUAUUGUUAUUAUCGUUAUUUUUUAUUACUAUUUGUAACUCUAAACCAAUUACAAACGAAGAAAUCUUCGCUAAUGAUAAAAUACUAACCAACAUUAUUAAACCUAAAGGUUAUUACCCAGAUUUUAAACAAUACGGUCGAGAACAGGCGGUUUUAGAACAUGAACACUGGAUAAGUAAAAUUGAUUCAAUGUAUAACAGAGCCCAAAAGAAAGCUGCUGAUUUCUUAAAUUUAAAACCAAUCGUUGAUACGAUUGAGGAACACGAAAAAUAUGGAAACGAUGGUGAGCAACAUCGUGGAAUUGCAAAAGCUUUGGUUCAUGGUUUCGAUGGUCUUGGUAAAAAAGUUAAUGAUGUCGUCGAUUUACCCUUUAAAGCUAGAGAUUAUGUUGGUAAAACGAUAAAUGCAGCUUUAGAUGCUGUUGGGUCAAAACUAGUCGGUAUUUAAGUUAUUUCUAAUAAAAUAGAUUUAAUUAAAAAAAUAUUUGAAGUUUAAAUUGACAAAUAAAAUGUAUGCAACCAA